AUGUCCCCUCAUGACAACGCGGACCGUCAGUCAGAACCUGUUGCGAAUGCGGUGACCGCGAUGAAGCUGGAUUCUGACGCAACCCUCGAUACUCCAACAAUCAACGGCGGCGGAAUCAUGAGCAAGCACGAGUCCGACGCGGACUUCGACGCCGUCUCUCUUGAGGCUUCACGGGACACCCAUGCACCCCCGAAAUCGCGGUCUGCUUCACGGGCGCCGCUCAAGAAAGAACAAGAGGGUGGUUUCCAAUACAGUCGAAACAGCAGGGACGUAAAGGUCGAAGCCACGGAAGAGAUUCAACCCGGUGACAUGGAGGAAAAAGUCGGAGGUGACAUUUUGGUCAAACUCGAACCCGGUCAGCCUCCCAAGUUGACACGCAGUUCCUCGCAGAAGGUUGCAGCAAGGCCACCGCAGCUAUUUUCGCAUCUCCCAGAUAGCACGGCGCAAGCCGAAGAGACAUUCGAGGUCAUGGAGGCUUGCACAUAUGCCAAUAAAUACAUGGGUUAUACCGAACAUGCGAUGGAAUGCGACUGCGCGGAAGAAUGGGAACCGUCAGUUUCAAAGAAUUUGGCCUGUGGCGAGGAUUCGGACUGUAUCAACCGCGCCACAAAAAUUGAAUGUAUGGGCGACUGCGGCUGCGGGCCCGAAUGCCAGAACCAACGCUUCCAACAACGAGAAUAUGCCCCGGUGGCUGUGAUCAAGACCGAAAAGAAAGGAUUUGGCCUUCGAGCGGAGGCCGAAUUGCGACCGCACCAGUUCAUCUUUGAGUAUGUGGGCGAAGUCAUUAACGAGACCCAAUUUCGCCGCCGUAUGAGGCAGUAUGAUGAAGAAGGUAUCAAGCACUUCUACUUCAUGUCCCUCAGCAAAGGCGAAUUUGUCGAUGCAACGAAAAAGGGCAAUCUAGGUCGGUUCUGCAACCACUCUUGCAAUCCAAACUGUUAUGUCGACAAAUGGGUGGUAGGGGAGAAGCUUCGAAUGGGUAUAUUUGCUGAGCGCCACAUUCGAGCUGGAGAGGAGCUGGUGUUCAACUACAAUGUCGACCGUUACGGAGCCGAUCCUCAACCGUGCUACUGUGGAGAACCAAAUUGCACAGGUUUCAUCGGCGGGAGAACCCAGACCGAGCGAGCCACUAAACUAUCUCAUGCCACAAUUGAGGCUUUGGGCAUUGAGGAUUCAGAUGGCUGGGAUACAGCUGUCGCAAAGCGGCCGCGCAAAAAGAAGAUGGGCGAGGAUGAUGAAGAGUAUGUUGACAGCGUGCAGCCCAAAUCCCUGGAUGAGAACGGGGUUACCAAAGUCAUGGCUGCUUUGAUGCAGUGCAAGGAGAAAUGGAUUGCCGUCAAGCUACUGGGCCGUAUUCAGCGUUGCGAAGACGAGCGGGUUUCCAACCGUGUGGUGAAGAUGCAUGGUUACCAAAUCCUGAAUUCACAACUUGGCUUGUGGAAGGAAGAUUUCAACGUGAUACUCCAGAUUCUGGACAUCCUGGACAAGUUUCCACGUCUGACGCGGAACAAGAUCCUCGACUCCAAAAUUGAGUCAACCAUUCAACCCUUGACCAGUUGUGGUGAUGAGCGUGUUGAAAAGAAGGCAGCCAUGCUGCUUCAAAUUUGGUCAACGCUAGAAGUGGGUUACCGUAUUCCUCGAAUGAAAAGAGACCCCAAUGCCACUUCGCAGGCAUUCAACCAGUUUGAGCGCCGUGAAACCACUCGUGACGAACGACGACGGUCCAAGUCCCGGUCUAGAUCAAGGUCGAAAUCUAUCGACGCGCCACGCGGUCCUGCUGCUCAACGGGCAGGCCAUGUGCCGCGAGGUCCCCUUCACAAUGGACCUCGGCCCUUCCGUCGUCAAUUCAACCCUCUUCCUCCAGGAUGGUUCGCUGCUGAAUCCAACGGAAGAACGUAUUUCUACUCGGCUCGAGGCGAGGUGACCUGGACACGCCCGACCGUGUCCGCGCCUCAACCGGCCGCGCCACUGAAGGAAUCGCGGGACAAGGCGUUACAGGACAUCAUUGAUGGGAUUAUGAACGCCAAAGAGCAUACGCCUAAGGAGAAAUCCGGCACGCCGGCCACCCCGCAGACCUCGAAGGCAACUCCAGACCAGAAAGAAGGACAGGAGAAAUGGCGAAGUUUGAGCGAGGAGAAGCGCAAAAAGAUCUACGAAAAUACGUUGUUCCCCCAUGUCAAGUACGUGGUAGACAAGUUCAAGCACAAACUUCCCAAGGAUGAUCUGAAACGUUAUGCUAAAGAUGUCGCUAAGAAAUUGGUGAACUCAGACUUCAAAAACAACCGUGUCGAAGAUCCCACAAAGAUCGACGAGAGGCAGCAGAAGAAAGUCAAGAACUUCUGCAAGGAAUUCUUCGACAAGGCAGUUGCUAAGCACAGAGCCCACGAGGAGCGCAAGGCGGAACGGCAAUCAAAGGAAGCACAAUCGAAGCCAGGCGUUCUGACUGCUGCCGGCCCAGCGGAGGAAGAUCUCGACGUGAGAAUGUCUGAUGAUGAAUACGAACAUCACGGACUGGUGCAAGAGAGAUGCACGAAUAUGUCUCCGACAGAAGAGAUGCAGGGGACUCUGAAACGGAAGAGGCAAGCGGAGACGAGCGCUGGCGAUGCGAGAAAUUUUGCCACGCCAUCUUCCUCUAAACGGCAACGUUCUUCUACACCACCUCCGCCUCCCCCUCCGCCUAUUAGCCCCGAGCACGACGAUGCGCAGGAUGAUCAAGAUGAGUACAAACAGAGCCUGAGUGGCGACGAUGCCAACAUGAAGAGCGAGAGCGACGAACUCACUCUAGCCGACCGGCAAACCUCAAACCCUCCGCCCCCUGCCCCUCCACCACCACCACCGCUUCCCGAGCAUGGCCAUCACAACGAAGGGGAAGGAACCCAGCUUCAAUCAUCACAGCUUGGCAUUGAAGGGCGCGUAUAG